UUAAGCUGCACCCGCCUCAUUUCCUAACUGAAGGCGAAAGGGCCGAGGCCCUGCGAGGGACACUUGUCAGCAAAGGCCGAAGUGGGAGCCUGGCUCUCGGGCAGGCCCGGCGUGAGGAGGGACCCCUCGAAGCACCUUCUCUACUCACACAGCUGCUUAUUUCCUUGGGUUUUUAAGGCCGGAGCAGUGUGUCCCCACACAGAGCCCACUCAGCCCCCCAGGAACGAUGGCGAAGGGGCGGGGGAGGGAGGCAGGGACCACAGCCACUCGCCCAGCGGGAGGAUUAUGGGGCUGGAAGGGCCAGGACUGAGCUGUGCAGACAGCCGGCCCCGACGUUAGGCAGAUUAGCGGACCGGGACCGGGGCCGGGGCCUUCAAGCCGCUGAGGGCGGGCGAAGGCGGCGGCCCGGCCUUCCCGCGCCCGCCGCCGGCCUACAGCUCCCGGCGUCCCCCGCGGCCGGGCGGCACCGCGAUGUCGUCACUGCCCCGCGCCCCCGGCGUCUCCAUGGCGACGCUGGCGCAUCCCGGCGGGGGGACGGCCCCUCGCCCCCAUCCCCGGCCCUCAAACGCCCUGCGGACCGCCAGCAAUCCCGGGGGGGGGGGUACCCCCAGGGCUGAGGCAACCCCCAGACCUCCAGAAACGUCCCUGGCUUCCAAAGGGCAGGGGGGAGCAGAGAGAGACGCUCAGGGGCAUGCCAGCCGCUGCCCCCCGCAGCCCCUCUGCCUUCCACAGGCCGGCAGCAGGCGCUUGCCUUCAACCCUGUCCGCAACAGGAACCGAGUUAUGGCAGCACAAAAUGGAGCCUUUUUAUCUCUAUGACCUCGGGUUCCUAACAGAAAACAAAGCUAUUCAAAGGAUCCUCUGCCCCAUGGCUGCGCAGCUCUGCCAUCUAAUCCUAGCCCUGGAAUGGGAAGGUGGGAUUUGUGAGGACUUUCCCCAUUUAGGGGAGAAUGCAGAAAAAUUAGCCAAAGCCACAGAAGAACUCGCUUCUGUUGCAAGAAGGUUGGCUGAGGAGUCCAGCGAUGAGGUGUUCAAGGAGGAGACGUGUCCUGCGGCUGAGUCCCUCGUCCUGGCAGGGAGGUGCAUGCUGCUGGCAGCCCACAAGCUCCAGGUGCAGCCGGAGAACCCUAGCCACAGGGAGGAGCUGGCUGUGUCGGCAAAGAGGGUCUUAACAGAGACAGUGAAGAUCCUUCAGAUGGAAGACGCUGCUGGGGCGAGGAGGAUAAUUCAGGCUGCCAGCUGGCUUUUGGAGUGCUUGAGCGUGCUGCGGGAUGCAGGGGACAUGCCAGGACUGCUGGCUGCUUUCCGGGCCUUUUCUGAGGCCCUGCUUCUGCUGAGCAAUCUGACAGCAAAGCGCCUCGAGGAACUCAGAGAUUGUCCUCGACAGAGGAGAUUGGCCCAAACUUUGCAGCUCCUUCAGAAGUGCGUUCCUUUGCUCCACGCAGCCAAGCACAGCGAUCUUAAACACUCCUGGGAUCAGCAAGUCAACCUCUCCAAAGGCUACGCUUUCCAGCUGACGGAGAGGACCAUCAAAGAGCUCACUUCCCUGCUUAUCAACAAUACGGGCAGCGAGCAGCCAUGGGAGAGAAAUGGGACCUUCUCCCAGCACGUGAGCAGGCUGCUGGCUCUCCUCUCUCGCCCAGACCCAGUGCAACUCUCCGACAGUGAGUUCAGUGCUCAUGUGGAAGCGGUCAUUUUCUACUGUAUGCUUCUAGCAGACUCGUCCAGGCCAGAUCCAAAGCUGGACCUGGUAAAACAUUGCUGGGUUCUGCUACAGCUGAGGAAGAGCAUCUGCAGCCACGUAAGCCAGCAGGAGGGAUGGCCAGGGCAAAGCUGGGGAGAAAACAGCCUGGAUGAGGAAUGUCACACCAUGAGAAAGGAGGUGGAGACUCUCGACCAGGCAGUGCUCACAGCUACUCUGUGCCAAAUCCUCGACACCUUCUUAGAGGGAAAGGAGCCCCUGAGGCAGUUAGUUGAAGAUGCCCUCAGCCUUGCUGGUGCACCAAAACCCAAACCGCUAGAGAAAUCAGAGAGUGGGUAG